CGUAAGACCUUACGUUUUUUAACGCAGUAGAGCAACACUGGUGGUCAACAGCUGUUCUGACCACCGCUUUCAUAGCUUGUUUUGAUUUUCCCUUUCGAUUUAUUAAACAAGGAUUAAACUAUGACCGACGAAUCGGAGGAGCCCGGAAAGAGCUUUUUUAUCUUCGGACGCGAUGUUUCUCAGAUUCCAUGCUUUCGUAACAGUUUUCUAUACGGUAUCAGUGGGGGAAUUGGAAUCGGUGUCCUGACCUUCCUUGGUACUUCCCGCACCCACCUCUCCACCAACGUGGGCUUUGGUUCCUUUUUCUGCGGCACUAUCGCCUACUGGAUGACAUGCAGGUAUCAAUGGUCAGUAAGGCGGUUCGAACAACAGCAACUGCGGGAGGCAAUGCGCCGACAAGCAUUAUAUGAGGGCACUGAAGUCGAAAGGGAUUUAGAUUUAAAGUCAGCGUAGCAUAAGUCUAAGCAUAAAAUUUGAAUCACAUUUGACUGGCAACCUAUGUAUGCAUCCUUGUACAGACAGUCACUCCAUUGUUGUAAAAUUAUAUUUGUUACCAAACAGCUUUAUCGUAGCCAAUAUAUUUCGUGUCGUAAGUGAAUUCUUACCUUAAAGUUCAAUAACCCUUACGGAUUCUUGAUUGAUUGAUAGUAAUUUCUUGCAUAUGUUAAUUUUAUGGCUGAGCUGGCCCUGUUAGCCACAUUUUAAUGGGCCAUUUAUUUUGUUCGUUAAGGGGGGGAACUACUGUGAAUGAAAAAAUAAAUAAAUACUAAUUUAUGGAUAAAAAGGA